AUGAACAUUGCUUGGGCAGGGCUACUUCCUGCAGGGGCCGAGGCGCAUUGCCUGUCCAACCGCGACUCAGGACAAGGUCAAUUCGUUGACCCAACCUUGACGUUCCCAGUCAAUCCCUCGAAAUCCAAUCGUGCUACCAGAUUCCAUCCGAACCCCACAGAACAUGACUUAUAUUCCUAG